AUCGGCUGGUGGACCGUGUGGCUGGUUCACGAUCACAGCGAAGAAGCUUCGAGGCUGAUCAAGCCGACCACUUGGGACAUCACGACGGGCAGAGAUGAAGAGACAAACUUCUUGGUUGUUGGUGCUGGUGGCAUUUGCCACUUUGCUCUCAUCUACUCUCGCUGCUUCACCCACGUCUUUCUGCAAAUGUACAUGCUUCGGCAACAGCACCAUUGUUGCCCUUGAUUCUCCCGUUUCUCAAAAGCCUUCCCCAGGAUCGCCAGUGGACCGUGCCGCCAAGAAGACGUGUAGUGAUUGCAACCGACAGUUCUGCUUGAGCUAUCCGUUCUGCAAAAACGAGAAGGAGGAAAACGUCUUCACUACUUGCUUUCAGAGGGACUCCGCAAAGGACCAGGCAGUGGUGUUCAUAUUCAUCAUUGCGACUGUGGGGCUGUUGAGCUAUGCGGCAGUGAGACCUUGGAUAGAGCAGUGGGCAGAGAGAUCGCGACAACGACGAAGCUAUAUUCCCGUGUCAGGUCAGGCAGAUCAGUAACGAACCCUAUACUGUCAUGGUUGGCGCUUGGUUGUUGGCGUUUGGUGGGAAUGCCGUUCAUCAAUUCGAAUUUGGAAGAUACCCAAAAAUAUCUAUAGCCAAAAAGAUGUUCCUCCUCA